GAUCCUGAACCUGAGCAUUCAGAGGCCGGCAGUGAGGCUCUACUGCCGCCCGAGGAAGAUCCCUGGCUUGGCGAUGAGGGGAGCGUCCCCAAUGCCCCAGAAACCAAGACCUGGGAGAAGUUUGACCAAGGCGCUCAAAAUCCCUUGUCACCCGUAUUUAUCACCGAGGCAGGCCCGAUUGCAUUCGAUGCCUGGCUGGCCUCUGGAAGAGCUUCGUCUCCCACAGAAUCCGAUGUCUUGGACGACGCAUCGUAUUGUGCCUGUCUGUUUACCCUGGCCCUAGGACGCAGCUCCCUUCUUUUUUCGUGGGAUUCGGAGAAACGCUCGUUUGUCAAAACAGUCGCCCGCCUGAGAACAUCGGGCCUUUCUCUUGAGCUGAUUGAGUGCAUCGAUAGGCUUUGCCUUGACUGUGCCAACUCUAUCAAGCGCCUCCAGUCAUUUGCCGACAGGGCAUACUCUGCUGCUUCUACUCCGGCGCGCGUGGCUUUGGCAAGGGUUGUCGAUGGGCUUGUGUUGGCGCUCCAAUCCGAGAUCAGCAGCCGAAAUCACGGUGUAAGAUCAAUCCUCCAACUGCAAGCCAUCGUCCAGCCAGUGCAGUCGGUCUUGUCCUAUUUCAGAGACCUCGUGGGGAAGCUAGCUCGCCAGAAAUCCGACGAGGCAAUGCUGUCUUGUCUAUUCCAGGAAGCCCAGUCUGCCGAGUACCGGAGCGUGCUCCUCCGUGAAGCCACCCGUGAGGUGUUGCGACUUGUUUCUCAGCCUUGGGUUGACUUUGUCCAAGAAUGGCUUGGUUUCGAGGCGGAGAGGGGCCUCGUCAUCACUAAAAAAGGACCUGGCAAAGGCUUCGUCAAGGUUGCAGACAGAAUGUGGAUCGAUGACCAGGCCUAUGAGCUCGAGGAACCCGACUUCUUUUUGGACGAGGAAAAAAUGCCGUCUUUUGUGCCCCAAGACAUCGCCCAGGCACUUUUCGAGACGGGCCGAAAUCUUCGCUUCCUGCGCGAGCACCAUCCCGAGCAUCCUCUAUCCCGACAAAGUGUCGUCGCCCUAGCUAAACCGCCAGAAAUCGAGUGGCAAUUUGACUGGGAUUCUAUAAAGCGGUUGGAGACCAAGAUCAGCGACUACCAGGAUGCCCUCUCCCACGCGAUUCAGGGAACUCUUCUGGAAGCCGAACCCGAUGCCCCGCUGCCCAGUUCCUGGAGUUCGGGAGAGCCAGCAUACAAGUUCCAAUUCCUGGGGAGAAGCGAGGCUGAAAUCGCAGCAAAUAUUCUCGCUUCAAUAAACCAGCUAAAUCAACCCCCCAAGGCCGUUCUUAAGACGGACGCCCUUACCGUGCUCUUUCAAACCCGCCUAUAUCAAAAAGGAGAACAGCAAGCAGAGGAUAACAAGAGACUCCCUCCCCAUUGGUCACUCGUUCCCCUGCUGUCGUUCGGGCCGGCCGUUGAUGUGCAGUCGAGGCUCGUGAACCAAGAGUGUAUGCGACUGUUAUUCAGCUCUCACGAUCUCAGGGUCCAUAUCGACCUUCUAAGGCAAUAUUUCCUGAUGGGAAAUGGGAUUCUCUGCAGCCGCCUGUCCCAUUCUCUCUUUGAUCCCGACCUCGAAACGGCUGAGCGCAAGGCUGGCGUGGCGCUCCUUGGGGAGUCGAUGGGACUUCGCCUGGGUGGGCGAGACUCGUGGCCCCCAGCUAGCUCAGAACUCCGGCUUGCUUUAAUGGGCGUCUUGUCCGACAGCUAUGAAUCCCCUUCAUCCCGGGGUGCGCCAAUGGGAUGCAGUAGGCCCGUUUCGGCAUCACGCAGCUACUCGUCCGAUCUACCGGGGGACCUUAGCUUUGCCGUCCGAGAUCUCUCUCCCAAGGAGAUCGACCGCUGCAUGGACCCAGACUCGAUCGAGGCCCUUGAUUUCUUACAACUAUCGUACAAGCCACCUUCUCCUCUUCGCCCUAUCAUGACCCCCGUGGUCCUCCUCAAGUACGACCGCAUAUUCAAGCUUUUGCUCCGGGUACUGCGGAUGCUCUACGUCGUUAACCAGCUCUUCCGCGAUGUUCCAUCUGGCCGCAGCAGCCGGCGCCGCGGGACCCCACAGCCAAGCAAUGCAUCAGCGCGCUUCUGUAUCGAAGCCCGCCACUUUGUCCGCCAAAUCGCGGCCUACUUCUUUGACACGGGCAUCGCAGCCCCUUGGCGCCGGUUCGAGGACUGGCUGGACACGGCAGAGGCGGAGGCGUUAGGCGCCAACAGCUCUAACGAUACGACCAACAAUGACGAUGGUGAUUUACGGCUAGCGGAGGAGAAACCAAAUAUAUGCAGCCCGGGCCUGCUCCGCGACCGCCAGGAGCAGCUCCUCGACGACAUCAUGGUUGGUCUCAUGCUACGCAAGCGCCAGCUGCCCGUCCUGAAGUUGCUUGAAGAAACGUUUACCAUAAUCCUCCGAUUCGCCAAGCAAGUUCGCACCGGUGCCCAAGCACAGACGGUGGAGAACAAGCUGGCCGAUAAAGACGCUGGUGAGACGCCAGAGAAGCUUUACGCGGCCUUCAAGAAGAACGUCGAGGUCUUCAUAACUGUGUGCCGCGGCCUCGGCGAGAAGUCGGCCACGGCGGCGCCCACCGGCAAGAGCAGUGGCGACGCGUAUUUCAUGGGCAGUGACGGCAGACGCGGACCAUCACCCCCGGAGAGCUCUAUCGAGCAACUGUUGUUGAGGCUAGAUAUUUCGGGUUUCUACGCAAAGAAGGCC